CUGAUCUGUCAAAGUGAUUUGCAAACAGAUUAUAUUAGUCAUCUACCUUCUUCAUUACCGUAUAUUUGAUUGAUUACCGUAUUUGGCGAGCAAACCGAUCGCGGAUAUUGUUUAUACUUGUGAUUCUUCUAAAAAGUGUUCUCGCUGUGUGUGUAAAGAUGGCCAACAGUAAUUUCGGCACGUCGUCCUACCAAGCCGGCCAUGAGGGCGAUUUUUCGAAACUAUCGCAACAAAUUGGAACACACAUUCAGAAAAUUUCUCAAAAUGCAUCAUCGAUGCAGCGAAUAGUUGUCCAACUGGGAACCCCAGCUGACAACCAACAACUCAGAAACCAAUUGCACCAAAUUCAACAUUAUACUGGACAGUUGGCCAAAGACACUAGCAAGUCAUUGAAGGAUUUAGGUGCUAUUUCCUUACAAUCAACAGAGCAGAGAGUAUUGAAACUUCAACGAGAAAGGCUUCUAAAUGACUUUACAGCUGCCCUAAACAGCUUUCAGAGCCUGCAGCGUGAAGCUGCUCAACGUGAAAAGGAUGAGGUCAAACGAGUUCGUACUGCUUCGGUUCUCAGCCCUCCUGAUAGUUCAAAGGAGGCCUUAGUUGACCUUGAUGAGACCAAAUCACAACCUUUUCAGUCGUCACAGCAGCGCCAGAUGCAAAUGCAAGAGGAGGACGUUGAUGUUCAAGCACUAGUUGAACGUGAAAGAGCUAUUCGCCAGCUGGAGUCUGACAUAGUUGAUGUCAAUACCAUCUUCAAAGAACUAGCUACCAUGGUUCACGAGCAAGGUGAAAUGAUUGAUAGCAUCGAAGCUAACGUUGAGACUGCCCAAAUGCGCGUAGAAGAAGGCACCAACCAAUUGUCCACUGCUGCUUCAUACCAAACAAAAAUACGACGAAGAAAAUGUUUCAUAGCUAUUAUAGCGGCUGUUGUGGCGAUCAUUAUUAUCGGUAUAAUAAUCUGGCAGUCGCGUUGAUUCCAGCAGUUUCACUUUACUCUUUAUUUCAUUUCCCGGAUCAAUAUUACAAUCAUUUAUACAUUACGGGUGACUCUCGUCAUUCCAACAAUGCUAUACUUUCUUUCCCCAGUCAUACGUCGGAAAUCAGCUCAUCUACAUCUAAUCCUGGAUAAAUGUAUUAUAAAUCUGAUUUAAAAAAAAAGGGCGACAAAAGCUAUUGAUGUUAUUUUCGUGAAGUUCCUGCAAAUGUAUUAUUGCUCGUAGAGUCCCGGCGAACUAUUAGUAGAUGCGUGGUUUGGUAGAACUGUUGCCUCUAAACCUAACAUUAAAUAUAAACCCGCUGAAAUACACAGACCCAUAUACCUA